ACUAAAGAUGAAAUCCCAUAUUUAAUCAUAAUUUUGUUCAAACCCGUGUGCGAAAAACCCUUAUCUUGAGAAAACCGAACCAACAAGUUCUGAUACGCAACCCAACGAAACACUACAUAAAUCACUUUGAAUAAAUCAAAUUCAGAAUAAGCAUUUUUUCCAUAACAAGAAAAAAUGGGGUUGUUAGAUCUGGAAAAGCACUUUGCUUUCUAUGGCUCUUAUCACAGCAACCCAAUUAACAUCAUAAUUCACAUAUUAUUUGUUUGGCCUAUCGUCUUCACCUCUCUUAUUCUUCUUUACUUCACCCCUCCCCUUUUUUCUCCUUCCCAAACACUCCUUAACUUUAUUCCCCAUGUCUUGAUUUUCAACAUCGGUUUCUUCCUUACCGUUUUCUAUGCUCUCUUCUACGUUGCCUUGGAUGUUAAAGCUGGUUCCUUUGUUGCUGUUCUUACUUUUCUUUGCUGGGUUUCUUCGAGUUUCGUCGCUAAUUCCUUGGGCUUCGAACUCGCUUGGAAGGUUGGCUUGGCUGGUCAAUUGUUUUGUUGGACGGGACAGUUUAUUGGCCACGGUGUAUUUGAGAAACGUGCACCAGCCCUAUUGGACAACCUUGCUCAAGCUUUUCUAAUGGCUCCUUUCUUUGUAGUUCUUGAGAUUCUCCAAACGACUAUUGGAUAUGAACCAUAUCCUGGAUUUGAGACAAAGGUGAAAGCAAGGGUAGAUGCUAAUAUCAAAGAAUGGAAGGACAAGCAGCAAAAGAAAGUUUCUUAACUUGAAAAAUUUGUUUGCAGAUGUUGUUGUGAUAGAUAUUUCUGUCAUAAGAAAUAAAAAUUUACAGAAGGUUAGAUAAGAUUAAUGUUGUUUAUGUGUUUUGGGAUAGUGUUGGAAAUUGUUUGGAGUAUAUAUUUUGGAAUGAAAUUAUCAAUUUGUUGUAGUAUUA